CCUCCCUUCUCCCCCUCCGCUAAGUAACCCACACAGGACGCUUAAACUCUCUCCCUCCACUGAUAGAAAGGAAGCCCCAAAGCCAACAGAGAUUCUCUUUAUACGUAUACAGACUCCAUUAUACGUAUACGUAUACGCCAUUUCUGCUUCGGAGUUUAUUUAAUCAAACACCUGGAGGUCACAUGGAAACUGGAGGAUCAUUGGCACACACAAUAAGAAAGCCAACUCUUACACCUAAGGCUAUUAUACAUCAGAAGUUUGGCAGCAAGGCUUCUUAUAAGGUAGAGGAAGUAGAGGAGCCUACUCAAAAUGGAUGCCCAGGAUUGGCAAUCCUUCAGAAGGGUCCCUGUCUUUAUCGCUGCAGCUUGGAGCUUCCAGAUUUUUCUGUUGUGUCUGGGUCCUUUAAGAAGAAGAAAGAUGCUGAGCAGUCUGCUGCUCAGAUGGCAUUGGAAAAGCUUGGCAUCCGUCCCUCUGUAGAUAAUCUCACAGCAGAGGAAGCAUGGACAGACUUGAUUGCCCGUGUCAAAUAUAUAUUCUCAAAUGAGUUCCUUUCAGGUCUUCAUCCUCUGAGCAGUCACUUCAAAGCAGCUUUAUGUAGAGUUGGUGAUCAUGAUGGUUCAAUUCCUGCUUCUGUUAUUGCUAUAUGUGAUGGAAAACUUAAUAAUCUCUGCAAAAUAAUUAACCCUAAAGUGGAGUCUCAUCCCUUCAUGGUCGUAUCAUAUAUUAUGAGAGCUGCUACAGGAUUACCAGAGUUGGUUGUUAAUCCUGAGAGACAGCUUUCAAUUCGGAAGGAAAACCCGUACCCUCCUGAUGUCAUAGAAUCAUCAGUAUCUCAACAAUCUGAAAGCAUAACGACUAUGGCCAUAUAUAUCCCAUGUUCACCUGAAAAGGCUGUUGAACCAGUGAUUCUUAAUAUUUCCCCAAAAGGUUAUUACCUUGACGUUAUUGCACAAAAACUUGGCUUAUCAGAUGCCAACGAAAUUCUGAUCUCAAGGACCAUUGGUAAAGCUUCAUCUGAAACGAGAUUUUACUUUGCUGCUUCAAAGUCAUAUCUGUUAGAAAUGUCAUCUGAUCUUCUAAAUGCUAAAGCUGUUAAGUUUGGAGGACCUUUGAAUGCAAGGGCCAGCUACAUUUGUGGCCAAGAUAUAUAUGGUGAUUCAAUUUUGGCAUCCAUUGGUUACACUUGGAAAGGCCAAGAUCUUUUUCAUGAAGAUGUCACCUUACAAUCAUAUUACAGGAUGCUUAUAAGUAAAAUACCAAGUGGAGCUUACAAAUUGUCCAGAGAGGCAAUACUUGCGGCAGAGUUGCCCCUGACAUUUACUACAAAGACCAACUGGAGGGGAUCCUACCCAAGAGAAAUUCUCUGUUCAUUCUGUCGCCAGCACUGGCUAUUAGAACCCGUCUUUUCUACUUCAAGUAUUCCUAAAAAGGCAUCAUUGGAGCUGUCUAGAUUAAACAAGAAACUAAAGGUUUCAGAGUCAGCUGAGCAAGAGGUAGAGUAUGCAAAUGGACAUGACAUUGUUGAUGCUGAUGCUAAAUCAGUGGGAAUGGGAAGCAGUUUUAUUUGUGAAGUCAAAUUAUACUCUAAGUGUCAAGAUUUGAUUUUGGAGUGUGCAUCCAAUGUUUUGUAUAAGAAGCAGAAUGAUGCUGUCCAGAAUGCUUCUUUAAAAGUUUUAUCAUGGUUGAAUGCAUAUUUUAAGGAUAUAGAUAUGCCUUUAGAGAAGCUAAAACAAUUAGCCAAUGUCUUUGAUAUUAAGUUUUAUCCUCAAAAUUUUUCCAAGGAAGUUGUAUCGUGCCUAUCAGUUGAAAAUUUUCAGAAUCAUGAUACUCUGGGAGGCAAAGUACCUGAAUCAAAUGGUAUUAGUAUUCCAAAUGAUGUGGUGGAAGAUGAUGUGAGUUCUAUAGAUAUAGAAGGUCCAGAUUCUGGUGUUUGUCCAUCUUAUGGGUCCCUUUUAUGCGUAUGUUAUUCUGCAUCUUUAGUGACAAAAGGUGAACUUCAAAAAGAGCUUCUUGAAAGUGCUGAGGAGUUUGAGUUUGAGAUGGGGACUGGAGCUGUAAUUCCCUGUCUUGAAGCUGUUGUUACGAAAAUGUCUAUUGGCCAGUCUACCUGUUUCUAUACAGAGUUGCCUUCGCAAGAUUUGGUUUUGGCUGCAGCUAAGGAUUCUGCAAAUGCUCUUGCAUUUUUAUCUUCACCCUGCUGGUUGGAGUACUCGAUCAUCUUGUUGCAGGUGACAGAACCCCCAGAGGACAGAAUGGAGCAGGCUCUUUUCAGCCCACCACUUUCAAAGCAACGUGUAGAAUAUGCGCUGCAGCACAUUAAAGAUUCUUGUGCUACCUCUUUGGUUGAUUUUGGAUGUGGCUCUGGUAGUUUACUGGAGUCUUUGUUGGAUUACCCAACUUCUUUGGAAACAAUUGUUGGUGUUGAUCUUUCAAAGAAGAGUCUUAGCCGUGCGGCAAAGGUUCUUCAUUCAAAACUAACCAUGAUGUCAGAUCCUGAAGCACCAUGUAAGAGCAUAAAAUCUGCAGUUCUUUAUGAUGGUUCUAUCACAGAUUUUGAUUCUCGGUUGUGUGGGUUUGAUCUUGGUACAUGCUUAGAGGUAAUUGAGCAUAUGGAGGAGGAUCAAGCUUGUCUGUUUGGUGAUGUUGUGCUCAGUUCAUUUCGUCCAAAGAUUCUUAUUGUCUCAACUCCCAACUAUGAAUACAAUGUAAUACUCCAGAGAUCCAAUAUAACAAGCCAAGAAGAUGAUCCAGAGGAGAAGAUUUAUUCACAAUCAUGUAAAUUUCGCAACCAUGACCACAAGUUUGAGUGGACUAGAGAGCAAUUUAACCAUUGGGCAUCUGAAUUAGCGGUCAGGCACAAUUAUAGUGUUGAGUUCAGUGGGGUUGGUGGUUCUGCUGACCUGGAACCCGGAUUUGCUUCUCAGAUUGCUGUCUUUAGAAGGGUUUUUCAACCCAAGGAAGAUGAUCUUCAUGAUGAUGAAGGUUUGGCAUGCCAAUACAGAGUUGUCUGGGAGUGGAAUAGGUCUAAGCCUGCUCUGACAAACUAACAGAGACAGACGAAGUAAAAGAUUUUAUUUAUAGUUUGAUAGCUAGACUGGCAGGGUAGAAUACAAAAUUAUGAGCAGGGUGAAGUAUCCAUGAAAUAUAUACGUCUUGUACAUGAGCCAAAAUCUGCAAAGAUAUCUGUUCCUGUGCUGGUUUCAAGCAGGAAACUCUGAAAUACAUUUAACUGGCAUCAAGGGAAUAUAGCAGCUGGCUCGUAUAUGAAUAUAUCUUCAUGUGCGCAGUUGAAUGUGAUCAAGUUUCUCCUCUA